UUGACGAUUUCUCCGGACAUGGAUCCGAUCAUCACGAUGGAGCCUCCCUUGAUGUUGUUGUCGAUAAGUGGUUUGGCGAAUGCUUGUGCAACGUACAAGGCGCCCAAAAGGUUGACCUUGAGAAGCUUUUCGGCGUUCUUGGCGGGGUAGUGCUCGGCUGGGAAAUUCUCGCAAUAACCAGCAGUGUUGACGAGAUGCAGCGGGUACUUUCCAAAGUCGGCGUAUAUUUGAGCAAAGACCUCGUUCACGUGCUCAGCGUCGCUAAUGUCGCAAACCCUCAACAUAGGAUUGGUCAAGUCCAUCGCAGUUAUAGGAGGCGGACCCUGUGGUGCAGCUGCAAUCAAGGCGCUUUUAAAAGAAUCGGCCUUUGAUUGUGUGCGCGGCUACGAGAGGCGGGCAGGCUCAGGCGGCCUCUGGAACUACCACGACUCCCAUGCCGGGCCAGAGCCUGUUGCAGGCCCGUCCCUCGAUCCGCACAGCCCAGAUCUCGUCAAGCCUUGUAAGCUGGCCCCCAACCAGUACGUCUGGCCCAGCGCCAUCUACGAGCUGCUCGACACAAAUGUGCCCCAUCAGAUCAUGGAGUACAGUGGCUUCCCGUUUCCAAAAGACACGCCGCUCUUUCCUACCAAACAGCAGGUGCUGGAUUAUUUCCAAAAGUACGCCAAGGACGCAGAGCCUCACAUCAGUUUCAACACAAACGUCGUUUCUGUGAGGUACCGGCCCAACGAGGCAAAAAAAUGGCAGGUUACACACCGUCCCGUCUGCGACGAGACGCAAGGUGGACUAAAAUAUGCGGCCGCGUUUCCUGACCAAACGGACCAUUUCGACGCCGUGCUGGUUGCCUCGGGCCACUACGAGCUGCCGUACGUGCCUGAGAAGAAAGGACUUGCCGAAUGGACGGGCAAAUAUCCCGGAUCUGUGUCGCACUCAAAGCACUUCAGACACCCGAGACAGUUUGCGGACGUGCCAGGGAACCUACUCAUUGUGGGCAAUUCUGCAUCGGCCCUUGACCUGGCGUACCAGACAGCAACAAUAUUGCAGCGCAACGUCUACAAGAGCGCGAGAUCGCAGGCAAUGCUCCCUGGCGGAAGCAGCGAUUACAUCAAAACUGUGCCGGACAUCGACCGUUUCGAGCCAGAAACAAAGUCAGUCAGGUUCUCCGAUGGGUCGGUGCUCGAGAACGUCGGCCAUGUCCUGUUCGCCACCGGAUUCCUCAGACAUUACCCCUUCCUCGACGAGAUCAAUAAAACGUCCACCCCAAUAGUCACCGACGGCCUCAGACUCCAUGGCUUAUAUAAGCAAUGUGUCAGCUACAAUUUCCCCGGGCUCGCCUUCAUCGCCACACCAAGGUACAUUCUGCCCACUAGAGUGGGGGAGGCACAGGCGAUCUGGCUGUCCAAGAUUUUCCAGGGCAAGCUGGCCUUACCCAGCAUCGAGGAGAUGAAGGCUGACGAGGAGAACACCGUCAGGCUGCGUGGCGACUCGCCCAAGUUCCAUAAUUUGCUGUAUCCCGAUGACGUUCAUUAUGCACACGAGCUGAACCAGCAAGUGUAUUCGACGCCUGACUGGCAGAACGGGCUAGCUCCCUGCGAAUGGAGCCACGAGGAUAUUUUGUACCGCGCGUCCGCCGUGAAGAUGAAGGAGGCGUAUCUCAAAUACCGCGAGCUGACCAACGGCAAGCGCGCGACGAGCAUCGAGGAGUUACAGCAGGCGGUCGACUUUAAGUUUGACGACGUGGAUUGGACAGAGUUCAAGCUGUGAUUUGCUCAGGGUCCAUGCUGCGUUUUCGAAAAGUUCCACUGCUCGGUUAGGCAGCUGGCGAGCUUUCCGGUCUUUGCAAUCUGGAUUUGAUGCAACUUCAUUCGCUGUCGAUGUUAUCUAUAGAACACACGGUCGUGGGCCGCAGAUUUUUCAGUAGCGGUUUUUCCAAUGGCUUUC